AUGGAGAGUGAUGAGAGUGGAGGCAACAGCAGCAGAUAUGUCCGGGAGCGGGCGACUUUGCUCGGCAAUCUCAGUGCUGCCCAGCUUGCCCGCGGCAGCCCCGAAAGGGCUUUGGAGGCAGCCCGAUCGGCGAGCGGCAUGGACACAGCCUACACCAAAGCAUACUUCCGCGAAGCCAAAGCGUUGUUGGCGCUGGGGCGACCCUGUGCCGCAGUUAGUGCUGCCCGGCGAUUGUAUUUCGUGGCAGGGAUGGACAGAGCCGACCGAGAGGUCCGAAACCUGCUGGAUGCUGCUGCAGAACAACUGCGCAAGCGUCAGCACAGGCCUCGUGUGUCGUGCAGAGAGAGCUCUUCUGCUCCGGCCUCUGACUUGGAGUCGACCGUGGAUCUUCCAGAUCUGGUUGCUGACUGUUGCAAUGGGGAGGAGCUUGUCCAGCUGUCACAGACCUCGCGGCGGCUACGCAAGCAGCUUUUUUCCGAAGAGGCGCUGCUAUGCCGGGCGUCGCAGCUUUGUCACAGCCGAAGCUGGCUUCGGCGGGAUGCGGCAUUUGGCCAAAGUGCUGGAUGGGCCUAUGCGAUCCACCUGGCGCAUGCCAGGUCUUCUAUCAGGGACCGGCUUGCGGUGUGCCGGACAGAUGGGAAGGUGGCGCUUGUAGAUCCAGAGACGGGAGACCAGCAGCUUCUGCCCGUUCCUGGCCAUGGUGUCGACUUCACGCUGUGCUGGGGCCCUCGCAGUGAAUUCUUGGCGUUCACGGCCGUGAACAAGGCCUCGGGGGCUGCGUUAAUCGUGAUCCCGACGCUUCAGCGAAGUCAGCCCUUGGUCAUACCCCUCAUCCCCUUCCUGACGCCGUAUUACCUGUGUCGUCCCCGGCAGGCUUUAGCUCCUCUCAGACAUCUUUCAGUUGCGGCAAGAAGUCAUGCUUUCACGUGA